UUCAAAGCAACCCUGCAACUAUUGUUGAUAAAGAAAAGUGAAAAGCUGUCGUAUUGUUCGUCAUUUUAUUAUAGUGAAUUCCGUAUUUACGUAGUUGUAGAAGUUUCUCAAUUGCAAUUGCAUUUGCAGUUAUUAAACAGGCGAAACUAAUCAAAAAGUUGCUCUUUUUCAACGUAAACGAAUUUGACUACUGCGCAAACAACAUGGAUGGCCUACAGCAGCACCGACGUGAACGCAAAUCAUCAAUGGUAACACAACAAAUUUACGCACCACUUUCGCCCUGUCCCAUACCCGACAUAAGUGACGAUGAAUUGGUCUCCAUAUCCGUGCGGGACCUUAAUCGCACGCUGAAGUCACGCGGACUCAAUCGUGAGGAAGUUGUGCGCAUGAAGCAACGACGUCGCACGCUAAAGAAUCGUGGCUAUGCAGCAAGUUGUCGCAUCAAGCGCAUAGAACAGAAAGAUGUACUGGAGACGGAAAAGUCACAUGAAUGGGUUGAACUGGAGACCAUGCAUGAAGAUAAUGAGCAAUGUCGCAAGGAUAUAGCAAACUGGAAGAACAAAUAUAAGGCUUUACUACAAUUUGCGGCACACAAUGACAUACCCAUACCACCAGAGCUGGAGGGUUGCUGAGUAGUUCAGCAGUGCCAAAUAUUUUAUUCCUAAUUAUAUUUUAAGUAGCUUAAUGUACAUGAUAUUGAUGGUGGGUGAUCUUUAUUAAUAUUAAGGCUUUAAAUAAAUAUUAUUUACUUAAAUUUGGCAACAUCA